AGUGUCGCAAACCUGUGAAAGGCUUUGGGCGCUGACGGUAGCCGCCUACACUGACCUGGAUAUCUAGAUGAGGAUCACUCUACUGACUCCUUUUAAUAUAAUGAAUUUUAGGACGACAAUGCAUCGUUUUUGUGCUCAACCUCAACGGAUAGGCUUUCGUCUUGAAGGCGUCUGCAUGGCAAGCGUGAUGUCCCUAUGGUCUGCUGAAUUGUGACGCGAUGAAGGGCUUGCUUAGCAGCCUAAUGGACAGUAUCGAUGACUUAGCAAUCAAAACCAGGACUGAGUAGCCUCUUUGUGCAAUUUCUAGAGUUUAUUGUCUCUAUUUGACCCGCCUGCUUCUCUAUUUGCUGACUGGAACUGGAUAUCACUCUUGAGUGUGUCGUAACCUCACCAUUACUGAGAUACAACAGUAUUUACUUCUCUAAAGCAAGGAAGUGAAGCUGCGUGUGUCAGGCUAGCUGAACUUGAUAAAGAUAAGACCGGAGGUUAGAUUACGUUGCCUUCAAAAUAAAGUUGCCACAUAUAUUGGUAUUGACAGUAAAUAAUGAUGUUCGGGAUUGGACCGACAUGUAACGCUUGAACAACACGACUGUCGACUUUUUAUCAGCAGCAGAGAUCUCCGCAUUUACUACCGUGGUACAAGGCAGUAUCGAUGCUUCUCCGUUCGUUUUAUUUUGGAAGCUGCUAACGGAAAUCGUGCUUUGUUUCUAUUUGACCCACUCAUAGGAAGUGGGAUGUGGCCAGGGUGUAUUUAUGCUUCUGUUUAAGAUAUGAAAAUCAUUGAAUUAGCACUGCUUCAGGAGCCUUGUUUCACCACCGGACACGGCAGUGUUGCUUUCCAUCAAGGUGGUUGUUGUCGGUGGUGCAAAACUGCGAACACAACCGAAGCUGCUGUGCUGGUUUCAUCUGGACUGGACCAUAUCCAUGAGGGCUUUUCAACCUCACGCCCUAACAGUUUGUGUACGGGGCUGUAUUCUGUGCUUACGUAACAAUAACAGUAUGUGAAUCGAUAGUCACAUCGUUGACUUUUUAUUUUUUAUUGAGAAAAAAAGACUGUGCUUCUCCCCCUUUAUAUAUAUAUUUUUGGUGCAAAUGUCAACAACUCAGCGUCAAGUGAUGAUGGAGUCCUCUCUAGGUCUCGGAAGACUGGAACUGACCCCCAGUUCAGGAGCUGGUGGGGUCAGCCUGACCCCGCGGCUCUCCGGCGGGCACCCCGCGAAAGACAAGUGCGGUCAGCUGCCACUGGGGCCACAAGUCCAGGCCCACCUGAACGGCUGCGUCCCGCUGUCACAUCAGGUGGCGGGUCACAAGUAUGGAGUGGAUACAGUGGUUCAUGGAAACCUUGGUGCAGUGAAAUAUCUCAGUAUUUUGCAGCAUCCCGAUGGAACGGUCCUGAAGCAGCUUCAGCCUCCGCCCAGAGGUCCGCGAGAGAAGCAGUUUUACAGCAUGGUGUAUGCAGAGGACUGCUGUGAUCCAUGCCUUCUGCAGCUGCAGAACCAUCUACCCAAGUACUACGGGACCUGGUCCUCUCCUGACAGCCCCAAUGACCUGUACCUGAAGCUGGAGGAUGUGACCCGACGCUUCGUCAAGCCGUGCAUCAUGGACGUGAAGCUGGGCCAGCGGAGCUACGAUCCAUUCGCCUCGCAAGAGAAACGGGAACAGCAGAUCAGGAAAUACCCACUGAUGGAGGAGAUAGGCUUUCUGGUCCUUGGCAUGAGGGUGUAUAAGAUGUGCAGUGACACAUUUGACUCCUAUGACCAGCACUACGGGAGGGGACUGGCUAAGGACACCAUUAAAGAUGGCCUGGCUAAAUUCUUCCAUAAUGGCGUUAGUCUGAGGAAGGAUGCCGUGUCAGCCAGCAUCCGCAGAGUACAAUGUAUCCUCCGCUGGUUUGAGUCGCAGCAGCAGCUGACCUUCUACGCCAGCUCCCUUCUCUUCGUCUACGAGGGCCUCCCCUCCUCUUCCUCCUCCUCCUCCUCCUCCCUUUCGUCCCUUCUCAGCACGCCGCCGAUCAGCCCAACUGCGGGGAAAACUGCCUCGUUGUCAUUGGCGGAUGACCGCGGUCGAUGCGGGGAGGGGAAAGUGAGACGGGAAGGGGCAAGGCCCGAAGAGGAAGUGGCUGAGUACAACAACAACAACAUUCAGGUACCAGUGCCCUGGGACUACAGCUUGUCCACCAUCUACACCAACCACAGGAAGGGUGGUCACCACCACUGUGCCAAGGGUCAUCUCCGAGGCAACAGCGGUGACGGUGAUGCUGUGCAGACGACACUGAGCUCCGUUGCUGGAGAUAACAUCCCAGCACCGUGCGAAGAAGAAGACAACUCUGCAUGGAAACGGACAGGUGAGACGCAGCAGCCACCAAACGGAAACGGAAACAAAUCCCAACUGGAAGGGAAGGAUGAGGAUGGAGAGAGGGAGGGCAGAGGCAGGAGAGAGGCGGAGGAGGAGCUGAAAGGACGAGGAGGCAAUGCAACAGAGGGUGGUGGAGGAGACGCGGAGGUGGAGGUCAGGAUGAUCGACUUUGCCCAUGUUUUCCCGAGCGAGAGCCACGAUCACGGCUACAUCUACGGCCUCAAGAACCUGCUGACAGUGCUGGAGCAGAUCCUGUGUGACGCCGCUUAGAGCUCUCACUUCUCCCUCUCACUUCUCCCUCUCACUUCUCCCUCUCUUCUCUUUACCUCCUGAGCUGCUCAGUCAACCACUGGCUCCCUGCUGUCUACCAGCCUUUCUUCUCAAAAGACCGAAACCUUUAGAGUCGCGAGGGCAGAAUCAAAGAAUUGAUUAUUAAAAUCGAACUAUCAUCAUCAUCAUCGUCAUCAUCAUCAUCUCACCUGUUUGUGAUGGUUCGUCGGUCAUGUGUGUGUCUGUCUUUGUGUGUCUCUUGUCUGUUUGUGAGCAAGGUGGGGAUAGUAGAGGCUGACAGUUGCGUGUGUGUGUGUGUGUGUGUGUGUGUGUGUCCCCUGUGAUCAGCAGCACUACAUGCACUAAUCAAUCCAUGAAGGCAUUGCGACCCUGUACUUAAACACAUCUUUGGCUCUUGCCAUGGAUAUAUAUCAAUUUUGCAGUAAGAUUAUGAUUACUUGCGCUGUAAUAAAAUAUUUUAUCACCCUUUAUCCCCAAUCCCAACUCCAGGUCCACUCACCAGCUUUUUCCAGAGAUUUCAGCUGUAUCACACAGAUCUCACAUCAGUUGUGACGGUGAUUGACCUGUUGACAUGGAAGCUUAGUAGCUGUUAUGAUUUCACCCUUAGCCAUCCAAUGCUUCCACUUAAACAAAGGAGCGUUAUGACGACGGAAAUUAUAAGCCCAAAUUCCUAAUGGAUCAGGCUUCCUAUGGCUGAUACAGCCAUUCACAAAUUCCUGGAUCAGGCCCACUCCCGAUCCUGUGGACUGGCUUCCGUUCUCCUGCACAAAUGGGGUUCAUCAGCAGAUGGAGUUUGCUCAUUAGUCAUGGAGUUGUCAAUGUACAACAUCAGUAGCUGUUCUGAUUUCAUCAAUAGCCCUGUGGAUUGGGAUUGGGUCCUCAGGAUUCCACAGGGUUUGGGCCAGUACCACUGGUUUUGAAAAGUUAUGUGCUGAAAAUUGAUUUUAGGUUUUCUGUGAACUUAAAAAAUCAGUGAUAAAGAGUUUGGUGUUUGUGUUUUGGUUAAGAUGAGGUGUACUGUUGGAGUAUGCAGUCUGCCUAGGAAACUAACUCUACUGCAGUAACCGUUAGACAUGUUAGCACGAUUAAACUUCAUUCUGCUACUUAUUCACAUCCUGGGCAUCCACUGCCCUAAACUGGAUUUGGACCAUUUAAGUUUACAGUACACUUUUAAAUUACAAACAAACCAGGGCUGGGAAACAGAAGUCUGAAGAAGAAGGUUUUUUUGUUGGCCUCCAUUGAAGCCAACAACUGAACAUUUCAGAAUGGCCUCUUGAAGUGUGUGAGCAUUGGGUAAAACCAGAAGUCUGGAUAGUGUUGAGGUUUAAGUCGGGUCGUCCUUUUGUUUUUGUUUAAAUCCCUGUCUACAGGUAUCUAACUCAGGUAAAUUUACUGUAAGGAAAAUAAAUACUUAAUAUUGCUACUAUUAUCCUGUCAGCAAGAUGAUCCUCAUGCUGUCUGGUUGUUUAGUUCUAAACGAUUGUUUUAUUGAGUCUUACGCAGUGUUUAGUUUAUCUCAUGAUUGUCCCCCCAUCUCAUUAAUGUUGACCUCACGUUCCUUGCGCGUUGUAUUAUCUUUUACCAUGGCUGUUUUAAUCGUUGUACAUGUUCGAGCCCCCCUUCUGAGAGCCUGUGCUCUCUGCUGUGUUUAUUCCAGUUAUUUGGUGUCCCCUCUCUUUCUGCUCUUAUAUUGCUGAUAUCAUAACUUGUGCUCGCAAUUCUAUUUAUGUUUUAGAACCUACUUAUAUCAAAAGGUAACAUUGCUAAUGGUUUGGAUGCCAUUGUGCUAGUAUUCACCAUGAGCUAUUCUAUGAUUUAGUUAUUGAUGAUAAGUUAUUAUAUUGUAAUUCAUUGAGUUAUAACUGGGCCACAAUAGUGAAAUCAACCAUUUCCCUUCCCAAAUUCUGGAAAGAUGAUUGUUAGGAAGUCUUUUUUAUGUGUGGGGAGGGUGACGCUGUAUGACACAUGAUGUGUUAUGAUUGGUUAUCAUAUUACCAAGCAUGAUAAAACCUCCAUAAGGAUUUUAAGAUUGUAGUAAAAAGAUAUUUGAAACAUGCUGCUUUAAUGCGAGUCAACUGGCAGACUCACCAGAGAGGGACAGGAUGCUAAAGAGAGGAAGACUCUCCAGAGAGGGACAGGAUGCUAAAGAGAGGAAGACUCUCCAGAGAGGGACAGGAUGCUAAAGAGAGGAAGACUCUCCAGAGAGGGACAGGAUGCUAAAGAGCGGAAGACUCUCCAGAGAGGGACAGGAUGCUAAAGAGAGGAAGACUCUCCAGAGAGGGACAGGAUGCUAAAGAGAGGAAGACUCUCCAGAGAGGGACAGGAUGCUAAAGAGCGGAAGACAGCAAGUGAAUGGUUUCAUGUUUUUUUUUCUGUUUUGGGCAGAAAUGUCAGAGUGCUGUUGCUAGCAAAACAGAAGUCUGCACGUCCUUUUUACACUUAUCUCAGCUUGAGACAGUACAACUGAUUAGUUUAGCUUUUUUGGGUUUGUCAUAUUUGGUAGGGUUGGCUAAUGUGGGUUUUUAGGCUGAUCCACAGAAUGAUUCUGUAGCUAUUCUGUAUAAAUUUGAUGAAGGUUUAGUGAAACUGUAUUAAGACCAAAGCUUUCCAUUGAAACCAAUGAUGGAUUCAUCUGUGAUGGACUCCCAAAGGCCCAUAGCAGCCUUGGUUGCUACAAUACUUUUUGUAUUUUCUUGAGAUAACGUCCUCUUUUCUUGCAAUCAUGACUUCAUUAUCUCUUUUACUCCAGGCAACAAAUUGUGCUUAGUUUGACACAAAAAAACCCAUUUUAUCACAAGGUCCACUUUUCUGGAGCUUUCAGCCACAUCUCAUAGUCUUCAUUAGCAUAUUUGGUUAUGCAUAUAAAGUAUGAAAGCCUGUCUCCCUGAGCAAAGCAGAAGUACCAUUAGUAGUCAUUUUAUGGAUUUCAAGUCGGUUCACUAAGUUAAUUUAAUAAAAUUUAAAGGGGCUGUACUCGACAUUCAGAACAUAUAAUAGGAAGCAGUAAAGAAAUGUUUGCUAUGUAAAGAUAUAGUGGAGUAGCGGUGCAUGGUCACGGAAGGCUUGUAUCAUGUGGACGCGCCGACAGUUUUGUUGUCAUUACUUAGAAUUCCUCACAGGGGAGAGACAGAAACUACACACUACAGCUUUAAAGAGUCCAUAUACAGUAUUUUUGGUAAUAUGCAGCUCUAAAACAUAAUAGAAACUGAGAGUUAGACUGCAUCUUUUAUGGCAAGUGUUACAGAUGGACACCACUAAAGAUGUUCAAUAACUUUAGAUCCUCACCUCAGUCUGAUCUGCAGUCUGUCCUGUACAUUAAUCCAACCCUACUUUCCAAUGUGAUGACAGCAAAUAAACUGUUGUGUCACACAGGCUGUCUGUCUUUCCACCCUAGGGCAAGACUUUUUAUUGAUUUCAUUAUUUACCUGAAGAGAAUCAACCGUGUGUUUUUAAGAUCAUUUGCUGUAAAUUGUUUUCACUUUAUCAUCCUUCAGUGCUCAGCAGUUGUUGUCUGUGUGUGUGUGUGUGUGACUGCGCUGUCUGCUCUCUACACUAACAUUGGAGCUGUCCCUGCUCCAGUACGGCACAACCCCACUUUGAUUUGAACUAAUAAUAUGCACAGGUCUCUUCUGUUUAUGUAGCUUGUAAUAUAUGAAUAUAAUGAACUAUGAAAAUCCUGAUCUUUUGUAAAUUAACUUGAUUAAAUUGUAUUAUUAUUUUUAAUCUGAACCAAAACAGACUGCUAACUACUAGAUUAUAAUAUUUUCUCUGACGUUUCUUUUUCAUAAAAUUGUUCAUUUUUUUGAAGUAAUCAACGUGAAGGAGUCUUUUAAAGGAUGUUUACAGGAGUUCGAGAAUUGAUGUUUUAUCACUGCCUUAUUUUCUGUUAAUGUCUCCUCGUCGUCUCUGUGUUUGGAAUAUUGAUUAUUGAUCAUUUGGGCAGCUUUGUGAAUCUCCUCUGUGUUUCUAGCCUGUUGUGUCACGGCUAACUAACAACAACCAUACCAUGCAUUUGUGUACAGGGCAUUGUUAAUGGAAUUGGUUUAAUGACUGACUCAUAGUGAUGCAACCUUUGACUUUAACUCCAUUUAUAUCAGUGUAAACCUCAGUAAAUCAGCCCAUGUUACUGAGACAUUGUGUUCCAGUGUGGGUGGGCAGAUAUCCCAACCACAAAUCCACUAUGUUCCUCAUAUUAUACUGAAUAUUUAGAAGAUGGCAAGCACGAGCAUUUAGUUUUCCUUCUAAAGGACCACAGAAGGGUUUUUCUUACAUAGAAUUCCUUCUUUACAUUACAGCUGAAGCAGAACAUAGUGUGUUAUAUUGCUGAAUAUGUUUUUCAAUUCUAUCUGCCUUUUACUGUAUUACAGUCGUUUUCAAAUGCAGACUGAUUUGGAAAAAGUCUGGAUCACUGAAUUACCACACGACCGUAACCUAACCAAAAAUAAUGUUACUGUGGAGCCCGGAGUGUGCCAUCUGUAUAAUUAAAGGCUUUUACAGUGUAUGUAAGAAUUAUAGUUCUAUCAGUUGUUCAAAUUCUCAAUUACAAAUGUAUUACAGACGGAUACAUUUAAAUGAUUCUGAAUUAGUUGACCUUAUUCUGUCUUUAAAUGUAAUAUUUGUUGGAUUUUAAAAUGGAAUUGCAACAUUUACUUUAAAGGGCUUUUACGUUUUACGUGUGUUAAGCCAAUUAUUUAUUUGUCUGCCUAUCAUAUUCAUUCAUUGAUAGUUUUCAAUUAUUUCUUUUCGCCAAUUGAAAUGAAACUUACUGAGCAGCAGAAAGAGUUCUGAUUGGCCCAUUGUUAUGUGUUGGCAGGAAUCUGACCAAUCAGAGCUCCUGCUUAGUUUGCUUUAGUGGCUCAAUUCAUUUUUAUAUGUCUUCACAAUACAGUGAUGAAAUGAAAACUGCCAAUGUCACAGCAGGAAACAAAUGCAUUGUAGAAUAUGGUAAGCAGAAAAACAAAAACAAAAAAAUCAACUUUUUUAAAAUGUUAUUUUGUAAUUCCAUUUUACAUUCAUAAUUUGAAGACAGAAUAAGGACAUUGAAUUAUAAAUUGGCAAUGUAUAGUUUUUGGAAAGGGUACAUUAAUUAAUUUGUGAUUAUGAUUAAACACUGCAAAGGUCUAUAUAGUCUCAGUGGCACAGUCCAGGCUCACUGUGAUACAUAAUCCAUCUAAAAUAUUGUUUCAAGUCUGCAGUUGAUUUUCAUACCACAGCGAUGUUAACAGAUACCAAUGGCUGUCUGGAAGGUAGAAGAGGACAACAUAAUAAUACAGAGUAUAUGCAAUUUGUAUUCAAUUGGUUAAAAAAAAUGCAUAAAUACUAAUAUGGUCAUUUAGGCCCUUAUUAACAUCUGUACAUAUUAGGGAUCGACCGAUACUGUUUUUUUAAAGGCCGAUACUGAUUAUUAGUAGUUAAUGAAACCAAUAAACGAUAUUUGGAACCAAUAUGCAUUUCCAGUGAAAAUGAUCAUCUUUAAGUCAAAAUUAAGUUUUUGAAAUGUUAUAAACUCCAACAAAAAACUGUGUAUAAAUGCUUUAAGCAAUUAUUUAAUAAAUUAGAAAAUUUCAACAUAAUACCCAGUAACAGAUAGUCAGAUAGUGGCCGUCUGGUUAGCUCACCUGGUAGAGCAGGCGCCCAUAUAUAGAGACUUCCUCCUCGAUUCAGCGGCUGCGGGUUUGACUCCGACCUGUCCUUGCCCCUCUCUCUCCCCUUUCAUGUCUUCAGCUGUCC